GUUCGACGAAGAAGCGUGUAGACCUGUCCUUCACGUGUGUUGAAUUCUCAAUUCUCAUAUCUGAUAUAGUGUAGAAAAAACAUAUUACAGUUUUUUCUUCAGAUGCUAGCACAUACACCAAGUAAGAAGCAUGAGCUCCUGUCGACGACCAGAACACACGGCCCCUCCAGAUGUGUUUUACAACGCAGAGGAGGCGAAGAAAUACUCUCAGAACUCGCGAAUGAUCGAGAUUCAGACUCAGAUGUCUGAGAGAGCCGUGGAGCUUUUGAACCUGCCAGAGGGACAGCCGUGCUUUCUGCUGGACGUGGGGUGUGGUUCGGGUCUGAGUGGUGACUACCUGACAGAGGAGGGACACUACUGGGUCGGAGUUGACAUCAGCACGGCCAUGCUGGAUGUUGCACUGGACAGAGAGGUGGAGGGAGAUGUUUUACUGGGCGACAUGGGCCAAGGCAUGCCUUUCCGAGCCGGAACCUUUGACGGUUGUAUUAGUAUUUCAGCUCUUCAGUGGCUGUGCAAUGCUGACAAGCGGACACACAGUCCUCCCAGGAGACUUUAUUCGUUCUUCAGUACGCUCUAUUCUUCUUUGUCAAGAGGCGCACGAGCUGUUUUUCAGCUUUAUCCAGAAAACUCUGAGCAGCUGGAGCUGAUCACAUCACAGGCCAUGAAGGCAGGCUUCAGCGGAGGCAUGGUGGUGGACUAUCCCAACAGCAGCAAAGCCAAAAAGUUCUUUCUGUGUCUGUUUGCUGGCGUGACCGGCGUACUGCCAAAGGGCUUGGGGUCAGAAACUACAGAUAGGACAGUUGCAAACCAGGUCCAGUAUUCAGGACAAAGAUGCCGUUUCAAAAACAUGAAGGGUAAAUCGGUAAAAAAGGGCCGUGAUUGGAUCUUGGAGAAGAAGGAGAGGAGGCGGAGACAAGGACGGGAGGUGCGGGCUGACACCAAAUACACAGGACGUCAGAGGAGACCUCAUUUCUAGCUGUGACUCAUGCGGCUGGGCCUUCAUUUGCAAUCACACACACACACACACACUGAUGCAUGUGCACGGUCACGUCGAGAGUGUAUUACACAGUCUUUUUAAUUCCAAUAGAUGGGAUGUGCCAGAGGAAGAGACAUUUAGCCUGUUUUCUUUUCAAGCUACAGUGAGGUGGGUGUGCAUGUGUACGUACGCAUGCGCGCCACAACAUCAGGCUAACAUCCUAGUCUAAUUGAAUCAAGUACAAGAGCUAGACUACAAAUUUUAUGUGUUCUUAAAAAGAAGCUGUUAUAAACAAACAACGAGAAUACAUUUUGUCUGCACAUACAAAUCUGCAACUAUGAAUCCCAUACAACAAACACUCAUGGUGGUGUUCACUGUUCAUAUUUUGUCUGUUAACAGUAAAGUACCAUACAGUCCAGUUUGUUCUGGCAAUGUGUACUAAUCACAAAAAUGAAGAAGCUAUGGUUUGCAGAUAAGGUGAUGCUGUUAUUAAACACCAAAGUUCAACCCCCAUACGUCGGGUGGACUUGAAAUUUCUCACACAGCUCAAGGCGCUCUAACAAAACACCCACUGUAACUUUCGGGUGUUUAGGCAAAUCGCCGCAAAAUGUGGAACACAUCUUUAGGAGACUGACAAGCACAUGCUUGUCAAAUUUGAGCAAGAUUGUUUGAAAAAACAUGGCCGCCAUUCCAGGGGUGGACUUGGCAACCAAUUGCCCGUAAGUCAUUGACCAUUUGAUGAUUGUCAACCUUUGAGGAGGUCUGUUUUAGAUGGAUGCUAACACAUCCUACAAAGCCUUUUGAGCACAACUCAUAGGGGCCAUCACAAAUGUCAUUAAGGUCGUGCAAAAAUUGAGGACACCCCAUUGGGUAAGGACUGUACAGUAUAUGGAAGAUAGUUAAACAAUGUGGAAUAACUUCAUUAUUAACCAGAUUGCACUGUUUAACUCUCUACUGUUAUGGUACAUAACACAAUAAAUAAACAAUCCACUGGAUUGUUUUUUUCUACAAUGCAUUUCUCUUCAUAAAGCUGCCAUUUUUGCAUCUGUAGUACUGCACUUCAUUG